ACACAGCUGCAGAUCAGACAAAACAGAAUCUGUGGCUGACUGUCCUGAAAUGCGGCAUUACAGCCGAGUCAUCAUUGAGGUUUCCCGGGGUAUUAAACAUUUACCACUUAUAGAAGUUAUUAAAACGGUUUACAUGGCCAUAAAGGGGUCGAAAACUAUUGAUCUUUUUUAAGCAUCCAGCGAUUGAAUCUUACAUCUGUUUAGGAAGCAUGUUAAUGGAUUUGUGGAUGUCAUAGUUAAACUAUCUCAGGUUCAGUCCAAAACUUACACCUUGACCUUUGCAAUAAUGGCACUACAAGAGGGUUACUCCAUUAACUCGACUGUGGACGACCAGGACAGUGACACUGCACCGCUUUUAGAGAAGGAAGUAGAAAAAAUCACAGUGCCUCCCAAAUGCUGCUCUGUACGAUGCAAUCUGGCUGCUAUGAUGUUCUUUGGCUUUGCUGUGGUCUAUGGUCUACGUGUAAAUCUCAGUGUUGCUAUGGUUGCCAUGGUCAAUGGAACCAAUGACCAGUCGUCAUCCAAUAGCAAUAUAUCUAUUGAUUGUCCAGUACCCAGCCAUACACUUGACAACAACAGCCAAAGUUCAGAACAGCCAGAAGGGAUUCCAAGAUACUCGUGGGAUUCCGAGACGCAGGGAAUGCUGCUCGGUGCUUUCUUUUUUGGAUACCUGUUUACUCAGAUCCCAGGAGGCUACCUAUCAGGUCGCUUUGGAGGAAGCCUGUUCCUUGGUGGUGGUGUGCUUGGAACAGCCGUCCUCACUCUCCUCACUCCACUGUCAGCACAACUUGGAGCCAAGUGGCUGUUUGCCUUGCGUGCACUGGAGGGAUUUGGGGAGGGUGUGACUUUUCCUGCCAUGAUGGCGAUGUGGGCCCGCUGGGCUCCUCCAUUGGAGAGGGCUCGUUUGAUGACGUUCUCAGGUGCAGGCUCUAACUUUGGUGCCUUUGUGGCUCUUCCUCUCACUGGCUUCAUCUGCCAUAGUCUGGGGUGGCCAGCAGUCUUCUACUCCUGUGGUGCUGCAGGGUGCCUUUGGGCAGUGUUUUGGUUUAUCUUGGUGUCAGAUGAACCCCGAACUCACCCAAGAAUUAGUGACAGAGAGAAACAUUACAUAAUUAACUCAAUAGGUUCACAGGGGAUGCCACAUGGUUGGUCAGUGCCUGUAUUAUCUAUGCUGUUCUCUGUGCCUCUUUGGGCUAUAAUCAUCUCCCAGAUGUGCUCCAACUGGUCUUAUUACACUCUCCUCACCUCGCUUCCUACCUACAUGGACACUGUGCUCCACUUUGAUUUGCAACAGAAUUCAUUUCUGUCUGCCCUGCCAUAUCUGGCUGGCUGGCUUUUCUCAGUGGGCUCAGGUGUGCUGGCAGACAACCUCCUGGAGAGGAAGCUCCUAAGUGUCACAGCUGUCCGAAAAAUCUUUACUUUCAUUGGUCUGUUUCUACCUGCUGUUUUCCUGCUCGCUGUAGGCUUCACGGGUUGUAGUGGAGUGUUGGCCGUGACUUUUCUCACUUUGUCCAGUGCACUCGGGGGUUUCAGUGCUGCUGGUGUCUACAUUAACCAGAUUGACAUUGCUCCACGAUACGCAGGUACACUUCUAGGAAUCACAAACACUUUUGGGACCAUCCCUGGUGUUCUUGCACCAAUUGUAGUGGGUUACUUGACCAGAGAUCACUCAGUUACAGGAUGGAGACAUGUGUUCUGGUUGUCAGCAGGGGUGAGCGCCUUUGGAGCCAUCUUUUACGUGAUCUUUGGCACUGGAAAGAUUCAGAGCUGGGCUAGGACCGAUGAGGAGUCAGACACAGAUAUACACAAUUAAACAUUCCAGUUGACCAAUUCAGAAGGAUAUGAGGACUCUGCCUUUGAGUUUUAUGCUAUACUCAACACAUAUGCUACAGUCAAUGGUUUGGACAAACUUCAUACCUUUUCAUUUUUUUUAAAAGUGUUAUUCUAAAGGCUUAGAAAAACAUAAAAUGUACAUACUUUAUAACUUUUUAAAUGGACCAAACAGUAAUAUUUUUGGUCACUACAUAAUUCCCAUACUUCCAUGUGUGUUAUUUUAUAGUUUUGAAUACCAUUAUUAAAAAACGGGGAAAUAGUAAAAAAAAUAAAAAAAUGAGAAGGUCUAUCCAAACAUUUGACUGGUAUUAAUUAUACUUUACUCAGGAUAUUUAAAGGAAAAAUAAAUGGAAGUGCCUUACAAAGUGUAGUUUAUUAGUCUACCAAUAUUUUAACUCAUUGAUAAACAAUUCCGUUAAUGAUAAUACAGUGGAAUGGAGAAUUCAGAGUAAUUCCAUUUCUUAAUCUCAUGACUUUUUUGAUAAAAUAUACUCUGGACUUUAUGCUAUCCUUCAAACAAAUGUAAUUUGUGUUACAGUGGUGAAACAGAACAGAUUUAGGGGUUUCAACUAUAUUCUUAUCACAUUUGAAAAUACUUCCUAAUGAGCACUUUAAUGCAUUAAUAAUGAAAAUACCUUG